UUCUCGUUUUAUAUAGCUCUCUCUCUCUCACGCUCUCUCAAAUUAUGCGUUUAAAAAAGUCCUCGACUGUUACAUUACAGAAGGAUUUAUCUUGUCUCUGUUCGGCGUAAAAGCUCCGAAAUCCUGUGUAGAACCCUCCUCUCGCUGAAAUUUCUCCAUUGAAGUGUUCCCAAAUCCUUAUUGCGUGAGGAGAACUCUCUCUCUCUCUCUCUCUGUCGCUCCUUAUUGCUUAAGGCAAACUCUCUUUCUCACAAGUGCAUAGGAGAUGGGGAGUGAGACCGAGCCAGCCAAACUCCUCUUGCCAUAUCUUCAAAGAGCCGAUGAAUUGCAGAAACACGAACCCCUCGUUGCGUACUACUGUCGCUUGUAUGCCAUGGAGCGAGGGUUGAAGAUAAACCCUAAGGAGAGGACCAAAACCACCAAUGCCCUCCUUGUUUCCUUGAUGAAGCAGCUCGAAAAGGAUAAGAAGUCAUUGAAAUUGGGGCCAGAAGACAACCUUCAUGUGGAGGGAUUUGCACUCAAUGUCUUUGCCAAGGCUGAUAAGCAGGACCGGGCAGGGCGUGCUGACUUGAAUACUGCAAAGACCUUUUAUGCUGCAAGCAUCUUCUUUGAGAUCCUGACUCAAUUUGGAGAACUCCAGCCUGAUAUUGAGCAGAAGCAGAAAUAUGCUGUUUGGAAAGCUGCAGAAAUCAGGAAAGCUUUGAAGGAAGGAAGGAAACCUGAACCAGGUCCCCCAACUGGCGAUAAAGACUUAUCUUUCCCGUUCGAUACUCCGACCAACACAGAAGAUACACGACCGAGGGAAAAUUUUCAAGAGCCAAUACAGAGGGAUUACUCCUCACCUACUGCUCCUUCACGAGAUAAUGACACAUCAACAGGGUUCUCUGACCACAAGACUCCUGACUCCUCAGCUGAUCGCCCCUCUUCAGUUUCAUAUGCUUCUUACAACUCCCUGCCAAGUGAUACUUUCCCUCCUACCACCUCCUCACUUACACCUGAUGACAUCUCCAAAGCCCCGACAUACCAUAAUGCGUACCCCCAAAUCCCACCCCAUGAGCGUCACUCACAACCACAAACUCAACCUCACCAGUAUACCCCUUCUAAUGAGCACCCAAAUGCCUCCUAUACUGCUUACCCAAACUAUCAGUCUUAUCCAAGUUUUAACAAUGGUGGGCAUGGAGAUUAUUCCUCUUACUAUCAUCAAGUUGGCUCUAAUGGGGCUCAAGCAAAUGCUUCCUAUAUUCAACAGCCUAUAGCUGCUGUUUCCAAUUAUGCCCCUGCCCAAAGCUAUGAUUCUGGUGGUGGGACGGGAGUAUAUGAUGGAAAUGCACAUGGUGUGAAGGGGCAGGAGACCAAGAACUACGAACCUGGACCUGAGAAAAUUGCAGAGGCACAUAAGGCGGCUAGGUUUGCGGUUGGGGCCCUUGCAUUUGAUGAUGUGCCAACUGCUCUCGAUUUUCUUCGGCGCUCACUCGACCUCUUGACGAACCCUUCUGCCAAAGAAUGAACUUGCGUUUUGAGUGGUGGCUUGAGAUUUGUAACUUAUAUUGUUUGUACAGGUGAAUGCGUCCUUGCAUACUCUUUGUUUGAAGCUCUUUUUAACGAGGAUGGAGUUGAUUGAUUUUACCAGUUAUUUUGGAAGAAAUAUUGGGGCUGUUCUCUCUC